UAAGUCAGUUCCUCUACACAUCAGAAGGGCUUUUUACGAUGCUCAUUCGGAAAUGGACCACACCACGACAAAACUGCAAGGUGCAGCAGAAGAUUUAAAGAAAUGUCUUGAAAACGUUCUUCACGAAGACGACUUGCACAACCGUGCUCCUAGUAUGACUGCUGCUCAUUACCAGUCUUUAAGGCAGGUGUUUGCUGGAAGAGUUGGACAUAAAGAGAGUGCAAUGCUACACUGGUUACAGCUGUCUAUGAACUCGGAAAUUCCUGGUCAAGCUUCCGUUCAGCCUGUUGCCGUAUUCCCACUCAACAAACAUUGCGGUGGACUGGAAAAAAGUUCACGAGCCAAUCUAGCCACUCUGUCUCGCGGUGUUACAUGGGCCGCUGAGUCUGAUGGGAUACACAAUAAGCCACUACAACUACGAGGAACACCCGAUUCAUUCGUUGAGAUUCCCAACCAUCCCGGAAGUUUCAUGGACACCAGGACGUCAAUCACCUUCUUGAUGGACAUUUUCCCAACCGGAAACAGAGGAUCAAUCCUAAGCUUUCGAGAGUCGGGUGGGGGGCUCCAAAUUUUCCAAGAUGGCGUAGUGGAUGGAAAAGGAGUUUUGACAGUACACUUUGCACGCAGGGAUCUUUCCCAGACCCCCGCUCUCACAAAGGCGGUUCUUAACAUGAACGCCUGGAACUUCAUUGGCGCCUCUUAUGAUUAUGACUCUGGGAUUGCGCGCUUGUGGCAUGAUGGGAAUGACGUGGAAGCAAAGUACAUUGGGAGGAAACUGGAGCUAGCCACUCAGUUUUCUAUCAGGAUUGGCGCUUUAAACGUCCUUGCGCAGCGUUGUUUUCAAGGAAGAGUCACUGACCUACACAUUUUUGCUGAAUCACUUGGAAAAGAAACUGUCAGAGCUUUUGGCGGAAUUGUGUCGCAUGAUGGAGCGGAAGCGGAAGGAGAAGAAGCUGAAGAGGAAGAAGAAGAAGACGAAAACCCGGAUGUGCUGUACGAAGCGGAUGUUAUGCAGGAUCAGAGAAUCCUCGACGUUGAUGACGUCAUGGUGUUCGGUUCCAAAGCAGUGCCGGGAAAAGGCGGGAAACUCAGAAUCGUGAAUCCUUUUGCCUUUAGCGGAGUAACUGAAGACGGAUUUCAAUUCCAGAAGCCUGAGCGACUUAAAAAGAAAUUGAAGAGGAUCAUGGUUUUCGAAUUGAGCAGAAAAGAUGUCAUGCCUGAUGAGAGAGCAAACGCGGUCCGAGAUGUGUGGCACUUGGGCCUUAAAGAUCGCUGGCGCCUGUAUCGUCGUUGGCUGGUGGACGUGACUGAGGAGUACCGUCGCACUAUAUCGUUAUUCCAAGAGCAAUUUGAGGAGGGAGCCAGGCGACUGAAGGACAUCAAAAACAUGGAAGACUUCGAGAUACUCAAGAAAGCUGAUGUGGUUGGCAUGACUACGACAGGUAAGCAAAGUUAGCGCAGUCCUCUGAUGCCUGGU